AUUCGAUCCUUCGCUGAAAUCGGUUGUGGCGCGGUCGUGCGUUGAGUAACAUUAAGCAGAGUGCGAAGAAAAAAGUUAAAACAAAGAAAAAAGGUACAAAAGUGCGUGCGCGUGUGCAAUUCGAGUGAAUGUAUGUUGGGCGCGAGUGGGGUAUAAAAAAGAAAGACACACACACCCGCUUGGAAGAGGAAAGUAAACCCAACCAAACUCGCCCAGUGCGUCCGAUCGACGGUGCUCCCGUGUUGAUAAACAAUGCCCGUGUGUUUAGCCAGCAUCUGACAGCGAUCGAGGUGCAAAUUUGACGUUUUUUUUCCUGUGCGUGAGUGGAUCAGUUUAGAACGUAACGCGCCGUGUUGCGCCACUCUGCUGUUCCGAGGCAGGUUUUUCGCACCGGGUGUGCGUGCGUGAGUGAGUGAGUGUGUGAAAAAAGUGCGUACGUUAGUUCUCGGACCCGGAAACCGGCCACGGCCGCCACCCCCCCAAAACAGCACAAAUGAAUCAGCAACACAACCAUCACAUAAUGAGCUCGUACGGUGCGGUGACGGAGAACAGUGGCACGGUGACGCAGCAGCAGUCGACGCAAAGCAUCGCCGACUAUCUAGCACAGCUGCUGAAGGACCGCAAACAGCUGGCCGCAUUCCCGACCGUGUUCAUGCACGUCGAGCGGCUGCUGGAUGAGGAAAUCUCGAAGGUGCGCGCGUCGCUGUUCCACAUCAACGGUGUCACGAAGGAACCGCUUCAGCUGCCCGAUCCCGAGGGUGAAUCGGUCACGAAAAACGAGAAGGUGUACGUCCCGGUGAAGGAGUACCCGGACUUCAACUUCGUUGGGCGCAUCCUGGGCCCGCGCGGUAUGACCGCCAAGCAGCUCGAGCAGGAGACGGGCUGCAAGAUUAUGGUCCGGGGGAAGGGUUCGAUGCGUGACAAGAAGAAGGAGGACGCGAACCGGGGCAAACCGAACUGGGAGCACCUGUCCGACGAUCUGCACGUGCUGAUCACGGUCGAGGACACCGAGAACCGGGCGUCGAUCAAGCUGAAGCGUGCCCUGGAUGAGGUGAAGAAGCUGCUUGUCCCGCACGCCGAGGGCGAGGAUGAGUUGAAGAAGCGCCAGCUGAUGGAGCUGGCCAUCAUCAAUGGCACGUACCGUGAUUCGACCACAAAGGUCGCACCAGCCGACAACACGUUCAACUUUGACCCGCAGCAGUACGCCGACGAGCGGUGGAAACUGGCGGCGGUGGCUGCGGCCGACUCGCGCAUGCUGAACCAGGCGACACUGGCCGCUAAUCUGGCCGCGGCCAAUUCACUGGCUGGCCGGACCGCACCGAAUCCGCUCGGUGCGCCCAUCAUCCUGUCGCCCCGCGUUUCCGUGCCGACGACGGCUGCCAGCUUGAUCCCAGGAUCGGGCCCGCCACCGACGAUUGACCACACGACCGGCCUGAUUUACGCGUCGCCCUACACGGACUACAGCUACGCGCUGGCGGCCGCCGGCAAUCCGCUGCUCCCGGAGUACGCCGAUCACAGCGUAGGUGCAAUCAAAAAUCAAAGAAGGCAAUACGCGCCUCGCGAUCAUCCUUACUAAAACCAGAUUCUCUUAAACAAACAACCAACUUGCAUUAAAAAAAAAAUCAAAAUAAGUUCAACAUGAACUGAAAUCCAACAGCAACAGCAUAAAAAAAAAUACCACAAAAUUAGCAA